UCUUCAAUAACAAGACAUUUGUUUACACCCGGAAAGAUUUACGUGCGGGACCCGGAAACGCUAUAAUUUUUUCCCUUCACGAUCUUUAUUGAAUUUAAUGAACGCAUCAUACAUAUAUAAUGGAAUUCGUAAUAACAAUAUCAAAUUAAUAUGCAUUGAAAGCGCUAUCCUCGACUUAAGUUUGAGCUAUUAGGGAAGCGUGUCGAAGGGCGGUAACAAAGCUGGAUUUCUGGAGUCUGUUCCGCAUGGUUUGCUUGUUUCAUUUCAUGCUAUGAAGGUAGACGGAAGUGUUCUAAAUGAUAUCUGAGCGAGUGAGAGAGCAAGGCGCCAAAAGUAUCACGUUUUCCACCGCUAAAAUGUCUAAACUAGAUGCGUUUAGAGAAUUGAUCCGUGAGAUCCUCACAGUGGCAGCAUUGGAGAUUUUUGGAGGAUUUGAAAAAACGCAUGCUGAGUACAAAGAAGAAAUCUCUCAUUCUGAGGAGGAUUUGAAGCGGAUACAACGGCUGUUGGACCUUGUUACUGAACCCGACAUCAAGCUACACCGAACAGAAGUGCAGCAGCUCUCUCCCCCAGAGCCCCCACAGAUUAAAGAGGAACAGGAGCUGUGGACGAGUCAGGAGGAAGAGCAGCUCCAAGGACUGCAGUCUGAAACUACAGACUCCAUGUUCACCAGGGACUCCAACUUGCAUAUCAGAGCAUUUUUCAGUAAGAGAUUAACAACAGCAGCUUCAGAGAUUUUCGGGGCAGUUGAAAUAACAUUUGCUGAGUACCAAGAAGAAAUCUCUUGUUCUGAAGAGGAGAGGAAGCGGAUACAACGGCUGUUUGACAUUGUUACUCAACCUGAGAUCAAGCUACACCGAACAGAAGUGCAGCAGCUCUCUCUCGCGGAGCCUCCACAUAUUAAAGAGGAACAGGAGCUGUGGACCAGUCAGGAGGAAGAGCAGCUCCAAGGACUGCAGUCUGAAACUACAGGCUCUAUCUUCACUUCUUCCAGUGUAAAACGUGAUUCUGAUCAAAAAGGCUCCUCUGAAAGUUCACAUCUUGACCAGCCUGUUAAAGGGGACAAAAGAGAGGGAGACUCUCUACCCACCAACACAACUGAGGAGCAAAUCAAAGCAGAGCUUCAUGUACAAGACUCUGCAGCACCAGAAUCAGGCAGUGACUCUCAGCCCCUCUCUGUUGUAGCUCCAGACAGUCCUGCAUCUCAGAGUUUGGAGGAACAUGGAGGAGUGCUGCCCUUGCGAGAGACGAUCAAUUCAACAAUAACACAAAUGCAUUCAGCUGUUCCAGGGGGAAAGAUGCCACAGGCAAGUCCCACAGGAGUGAAAGUACAUCAGUGUAAAAAAUGUAGUAAGAUAUUUAGUAUUGAGUCAAAUCUUCUUAAUCAUAUGAGGACUCACACAGGAGAUAAACCAUAUCAUUGUCAACAUUGUAGCAAAUGUUUUUCUAAAAAGGGUGGUCUGGUUGAACACAUGAGGACACACACAGGAGAGAAACCAUUUCAGUGUCAAGAAUGUAACAAUGCUUUUAGUCAUAAAGCUACUUUGGUUGUUCAUAUGAGGACUCACACAGGAGAAAAGCCUUAUCAGUGUCCACACUGUAACAAACGUUUUGCUAAAAAGGGUGGUCUGGUUGAACACAUGAGGACACACACAGGAGAAAAACCUUAUCAGUGUCCACAAUGUAGCAAACGUUUUGCUCAAAAGGGUGGUCUGGUUGAACACAUGAGGACACACACAGGAGAGAAACCAUUUCAGUGUCAAGAAUGUAAUAAGGCUUUCCGCCGCAAAGAUAGUUUGGUUGCGCACAUGAGAACACAUACAGGAGUGAGACUGUAUCACUGUCAAGAAUGUCCCAAACGCUUCAUUUCCAAGGAUAAUCUGGUUCAACACUUGAGGACACAUACAGGACAGAAACCUUAUCAGUGUCAAGAAUGUACCAAAGUCUUUGCUCUAAAAGGUCAACUGGUUACUCACAUGAGGACUCACACAGGAGAGAAACCAUUUCAGUGUCAAGAAUGUAACAAAACUUUUAGUUGCAAGUUGUAUAUGGUUGUGCAUAUGAGGACACACACAGGAGCUAAACCUUAUCAGUGUCAACAGUGUAGCAAAUGUUUUUCUAAAAAGGGUGGACUGGUUGAACAUAUGAGGACACACACAGGAGAGAAACCAUUUCAGUGUCAAGAAUGCAACAAUGCUUUUAGUCAUAAAGCUACUUUGGUUGUUCAUAUGAGGACUCACACAGGAGAAAAACCUUAUCAGUGUCAACAGUGUGGCAAAUGUUUUGCUAAAAAGGGUGGUCUGGUUGAACACAUGAGGACCCACACAGGAGAAAAACCUUAUCAGUGUCCACAUUGUAGUAAAUGUUUUGCACACAAGGGUGGUCUGGUUGAACACAUAAGGACACACACAGGAGAGAAACCAUUUCAGUGUCAAGAAUGUAACAACGCUUUCCGCCGAAAAAAUAGUUUGGUUGCGCACAUGAGAACACAUACAGGGGUGAGACCGUAUCAAUGUCAGGAAUGUACCAAACGCUUCAUUUCCAAGGUUAACUUGGUACAACACUUGAGACACACAGGAGGGAAACCAUAUCAGUAUUAGGAAUGUCAUAAAAUAUUUUGAUUAAGGUCGCAAUUGGUUAAGCAUAUGAGGAUACACACGAGAGAAAUCUUAACGGUGUCAACAAUUUAUCAAACUCUGUAAUCACAAGUGUAAUCUCAUUUCAAACAAGGAGAUGAGACAACCAGAGCAGAAACUCUGUGUCAGAAGUUAUUCAGAUUAUAAAAGCUUCAAGAUGUUUAGAAUUGGGUACUCCCCACUCUCCAGGAUUCAAGUCAUGUGGAAAAAGCAUGUAUUUGGGAAACAAGCUACAACUUUGGGUUUAGGUGUUUGGGCAAAUUUGGGUUGCAAAUAAACUUGUCAACAUGAUUUCAAGACUCAAG